ACUCAAAUACAAAACUUUGGAACCACAAAAUUAAAAACGCAUGCUUUCAGCCGCAAGUUAGAACUCAAAAUUUCUCCAUCAUGCUUAAGCUCCUCAACAAGAACCUCCGGCGCCUCAGCUCCCUUCUGAAGUGGUCACUACGGCGUCGUUCCAAGUCCAACCCUAGCUUCGGCAACCCCACUCCCAAACCUCACACCGAACCAAGAACCAGCACCCCCGAACCUUCCCCUCCUCCUUCCAGACCAAUACGAAUCGCUACGUUCAACGCCGCAUUCUUCUCUAUGGCACCGGUGCUUCCCGAACCAGACAGAAGCACCACCUCGGACGACGACAACGUGGAGCAACCAAAGUCAACCUACGACCGACCACCACGAAGCAUUUUGAAACAGUCGCAGUCUCCGCUGUUGGGUAAGUCAAAGCUAAGAGUGUCGAUCAACUUACCCGACAACGAGAUUUCGCUGCGGCAAACGAGCUUCUCGGAGCACGAGAGAGCAAAAGGGCCGUUCUCAUGGUCGUCGAGUUUCAGCGAGGGAGUGGAGGGAGAGAGAAACAGGAAAACGGUGCUUGAAGUUCUGAGAGAGGUAAACGCCGACGUUUUGGGGUUGCAAGACGUGAAGGCGGAGGAAGAGAACGGGAUGAAGCCUUUAUCUGAUUUGGCUCGAGCUUUGGGGAUGAACUACGUCUUCGCCGAAAGCUGGGCCCCUCAAUACGGCAACGCCGUUCUGUCAAAGUGGCCCAUUAAACGCUGGAAGCUGCAGAAAAUCUUCGACCACACCGAUUUCAGGAAUGUACUGAAGGCCACUAUCGAUGUACCCGAAGAAGGUGAACUGUACUUUUACUGCACCCACCUUGAUCAUCUUGAUGAGAAUUGGAGAAUGAAGCAGAUAAAUGCAAUAAUUCAAUCUAAUGAUGAGCCACACAUUUUAGCUGGUGGUCUUAAUUCGCUUGAUGAAUCAGAUUAUUCCCAAGAAAGAUGGACAGAUAUUGUUAAGUACUAUGAGGAGAUGGGAAAGCCAACACCCAAGGUUGAAGUCAUGAAAUAUCUCAAGAACAGACACUACACAGAUGCGAAGGACUUUUCAGGGGAAUAUGAGUCUGUUGUCAUGAUCGCCAAAGGACAAAGUGUCCAAGGUACGUGCAAGUAUGGAACUCGGGUAGAUUACAUAUUAUCAUCCUCAGAUUCUCCAUACCAAUUUGUUUCAGGGUCUUACUUAGUCCUUUCUUCCAAAGGGACUUCAGAUCAUCACAUAGUGAAAGUUGAUGUGGUAAAAGUGAAUAGAAAUCCUCAAGAAAAUCUGACAAAGAAGCAGGAACAGCCACGACACAAACUUCAGAGAAUAAAAUCAACUUCAUCCAAAUGUAUAUGGAAAACACAAACUGCAGAUAUAGAUUGAAUUCUUUUCUUUCCUCAUUUUUUUUUUUCACUAAUUUUGAAGAUGGAGCGGUACUUAGUUUUGUUCCUGCUUACAGCUUCCUAAUUCUGUUCUGUAUAUUAUUCAGAGGAACUAGACGUAUGAAAUAAGGGUGAUAUGUGAUGAGUUGCACA